GGGGCGGGCGGGCGGCGCGCGCGGCCCGGCGGGGCGGGCAAUGGCGGCGGCCGCGUUCGAGCGGCGCGUGCUGCGGCGCGCGGCCGAGCACCACUAUCUGCGCGUGCGCCUGGAGCUGCCCGACGGCGGGGCCCGGCCGAACGCCGCGCAGUUCAAGCAGCUCGUGGUGACUGCGCUGAAGGAGCUGCACGGAGAGGUUGGAGCAGCUUUGCCUGUUGAUGUCUUAACAUAUGAGGAAAAAACUCUGUCUGCCAUACUAAGAGUAAUUAGCAGUGGCUUUGUCAAGCUGUGGAGUGCUCUAACCUUGCUGGGUUUCUACCAGAACAGGAGGUGUGCCUUCCGGGUGCUGCAGACAUCUCCGUUUCUACUUGCGUUAUCUGGCAACAGCAGAGAAUUAGUCUUGGACUGAAUGCAGUUCUUGGUUCGGCUGUGUGCAGGAGAAGUUCCUGGAAAUGUUGUGGCCCUUCAGGCAUGGAAUUUCUGGAGGGAUUUUCCAGCAAAGAGCCUUGAGAAAGCCAACGUUUAUCAACUCGCUGCUUGGACAUCCCGUAUUUCAGAACCUACACAUAAAAGUUGGAGACAAAGCUGAACUUAGCAAGGUUUUUACACAGAAUGAUGUAGUUACUUUUUCUGAUUUAACAGGUGACACAAAUCCUUUGCAUUUAAAUGAAGAGUUUGCAAAGAAGUCUAGGUUUGGGAGAACUGUUGUUCAUGGAGUUCUGAUCAAUGGACUUAUUUCUGCAGUUCUGGGUACCAAAAUGCCUGGUCCAGGAUGUAUAUUUCUUUCCCAGGAGAUUCGUUUUCCAACUCCUUUGCAUGUUGGUGAAGAAGUCACAGCUGCAGCAGAAGUGAAACGACUGAAGGGUUCUGUUGCUCACAUUUCUGUAUCAUGUCAGGUCAGAGAAAGUGGGAAAACUGUUAUGGAAGGGAUGGUGAAAGUCAUGGUGCCAGAGAGUUAGAGCUGUUCAUCAUGUGCAACUUCAGUAUAAAAACCAGAACCAAUGUACACUUGGAUUUGAUUAUCAUUUUAUGUGACAUCACUGAAACCAGUAAAUUUGCAACAGAAACCUUUCAAAAUGUCUCAAAGUGCACAAACUUAACCUUACUAGAACUACAUUAAAACUGGAACUUCUCCUUGUUUCACUGUGAUGGGUUUCACUGCCAGUGUGAAACCAACAGAGCUAGGCACUAGCUGUGACCAAGUGACAUUUAGACAAGCCUUUGUGCUGCUGUAGUGGGAAGUUUGGGCUGGUGGGACUCACAUUGAGGCUGUUCUUUCUGGUAAAAUCUCAGUCCUCACCAGCAAAGUUCAGUUAAAACUCGUUCCUUCUGUACAAAACAGCUGUUUUGCCAACAAGCACUGGGGAGGAGACAGUUCUAUGUUUAAAAGUGGAACAAAAAUGAGGUAUUGGAGUACACGUGUCCUGCAAAAUGUGUUGUAAUCUGUAUGGCAGCUCCAGCUGGUGUUUCUUCGAAACUUGCCUCCCAGAACAAGAGUGAAGGAGGCUUUUAAAAAAUUUAUAUUGUCACAACUUGUACUUACUGUACUUGUCCUCCCGAGGGCAAGACAAGAUUUGAGUACUAACUCUAUGGCUUCUCUCUCCUUGCUGGAGUGUGUGAAUAUGGAUUUUCCUUUGUCCACUGAAAGUACCUUGGUAGAAUAGACUUCUGGAAGAUUCAUUACUAAAUCAUCUGGGUUAAAUUA